CAAUCCAACGAUCUUGUGAUCAUGAUUUCAUGGGUUUACAUGUGAUGGUCAGGCUGUGCAUCUCUUUGACCAUCAAUCAUUUUCCGAAUUGCAAUUGUCAAUAAUUGUUCUAAUGGUGUUAAUGUUGAAAGCUGUUUUGUGAAAGAGUUUGUUAGUGGACUUGCUUCAAACUGUGAUGCCAGGAGUUGAUUUACAAUAUCCUGUUUCCUUUCUGUGGAAUUCAUCUCAUUUCAACCAUGCUUCUGAUCAAAUCUUUAAUUUGUCUGGUUCGGGUCUGAUAUGCUAGAAAGAUCUAGUUUUUUUCAACUGUAUAUAUUGCACAGGUGUUUUGGCACAUUUAUGUUACUUUUACAAAACUACCUUCCUUCUUUUAGUUUUUGCUCCAGAUCUGUCAUCUGUUAAAGUGAUUAUAGCUGUACAUGUCUCACGAUCUGUGUUUACCUUCAUGAUUGACCACACAAUGCAUUAAUAGUUUGUGGUAUGAUAUACCAUUUCCUAAUUCACUCUUUGUGAGAGUCUCAUUCAGUCUCUUUUCUCACACUCGCUGUAAUGGAGUUGUUCAUCUUCAUAGUUUUUCAGCUCCUGAUGGAGGUUCAGUCUUACAAAUUUCCUAGAGUAAAAGUAUCUCCAGAUGUCAUAAGAGAGUCCAGCUCAGUGAAGAUCAGCUGUGAGACAGAUCCACGUGUUUCAGUGAUUGAAUGUCACUUCUUCAUAAACAGAGAAGAGAAGAAAAUGAAAAGCAGUUCAUCAUGUGAGCUGGAUCUCACUGGUGCAGAAGUGUUCAGAUGGGCAGCUGUAAAAUCACCUGAAUCACUCAACAUUAUCUGUUUCUAUACAAUGAUAGCUGGUCCCAGCUCAUUCACAUCAUCUCCUGAAUCUGAUCCUGUCAUAGUGACGGUUCGAGUUUCAACAUUAACCACCACUGAACAAACUACUACAACAGCCAUGAAAACCUUUUUAAGUGUAAUGCCCACUUCUGAAACCACAACAUACAGUAAAACUACAGAUCUCCAAACCAAGAUAAGCCUGCCAACCAGUACAGGAAAGGAAAUGAGUAAGUUCAUCCUCUCUUUCUUGAUGGCGGGUGAUGUAGUGACCAAGAAGCAAAUAGCGUUCAGGCUGUAUGUUUUCCCUGCCCGAAUUCUGCUGAAAGUGCACCGGGACGGGGUCUAUCUUCUCUUAGUAGCCCUGUUCUGGUCGGGCCGAGUAUGUUUCUCGGAUCUGAUUUCUCCCCUCGACGGUGCUCCAUGGGAGAUUCCCAUCAGGAGGCAUCUCCUCUCACAGGAGAGUUUAAAUAUAGCUGGGAAUUAUUUUCAAAGAUAA